AGGCGAGUGGGUGAGUGUGCGCGUGUGCACGCCCAUCUCAGCUGAAGGGGCUACUCAUGACUCGCCAGACCUGUGCUCUUCGGGAGGAGGACUUCAACUUACUUAUUUGCGGUUCAACCACCAACUCGCAAACAUUGGUCCUCGGUCGCGCCAAUCCUGUUUCGAUCGAGUCGACUUUCGUGAUCGGGAAACUCGGAAAAACUGUCAGUUUUACUACGAUGUGCGUCGACUUGAGAUGGAAUGAGUGACUUCUAUGAUGUGAUUAACGAUUAAAACCGGAUAAAUUGAAGGAUUGAGUAACAGUUGGAAAAAUGGGGAAAUGGUCAAGAGGGUUGACUAGUCUAGCAACCAGGGUGGCAGGCAGCCGCCUGGGCUCCGCCUGGGUUGCCGUGUUCUGUUGCGGCUCUGUGCUGGUCGACUCCCUCCUGGUUCUCCCUGGGCCAAUGCACCACGCCGCACUCUCCCCCGUCAACACCAACUGGCGCUAUCCUUGCGGCAACACUCUCAUGAUGACAAGAUCAAAGAGCCUGGCACGAUGGAGGUACUGGAAUGUUGAGCAUGAUAAUGAUAUUGUGGAAGGCAAGAAGCAUCCAAGCAACCGGCCUCUUCGCAGAAUACGAACGCAGAUAAGACACACCCAAGAUCAUUUCAUCAAGCUUCAAAGGGAGAUAGCUGAUAUAUACUCAGGGGUUAUGAAGACAGUAACAAACGUCCAUUACAAUUGGUUGCCAGAGAAGCAGCUCCACUGGUUUCAAGUGGAACUACGAUGUCUAGACAAGCAUACAAAGGUGGAACGGAUGCUACCGGCCUUGCAUAGUGGUCUAAGGAACUACUCAGCAACAUUUGAAUCAUUAAUUGGCAUCAGAGACUUCAGCAGCAUCUAUUCGAGAUCUGACUACAACAGACGAUAUUAUCUGCUAGAGCGCAUAGCACAAGAAUUGCGAAGUCUAUUAUGUGAAGUGGAAACUGGCAUGAUGUACAUGGGACUGGCAGUACGGCCCCCGGGGCGACUCCUGGAAAUUCACAGGCAUUUCAAAGAAUUAACAAUGGACCACACAAGGGUGAUAAUACAGGAUUGGGGAGUGAUACUCAGCUACCAAAACUAUCUGGAUGACUGGACAAGAAUGAUAAGAAGGGUAGUGGGUAAAAAAGGAAAUAUGGCUUGUAAAACAAAGUCCAAGAAAUCAAAGUUUCAUAAGCGACCCUUAAGGUAGUUUCUCUGUUGCCACGAUACUAUUAUAGAAACAUUGCAUUCUGCGAUUAGAGAUGCUGAGAACUCGCUGAUGUAUUGAGCAGUCCGCUGAAGCUAAGCUUGAUCACUUAUUCCUCAGCUACUCCAAGAAAUACAAAGUUAAAAGUUUAAGUCAGAAGGUUUUACAAAUCAGAGCUAUUCUGUUGAUAUUAGUUGCGAAAAUUAUUCUGAAGUUAUCUUGAAAUCCCAAAGAAUAUUAUAAUGCCAGUUUCAUAGUAUUAUUUUGUAUUGAGAAAAUUCACACAGGGCAGGUAGGCCUACUGCAACUGGAUCUUGAUGAAACCGAUUGGCAAGAAUUCAUCAUGAAAUUAUAAAGUUUCAAUAUUAGUUUGCUUAUCCCAAUUGAUAAAAAUACCAAAAUACCAAUGUUAGUUUUUUAAAUUUGGAAUUACUUUUGUAGUGAUAUUCAAUUUUCAAUCUCUAAUGAAUGGUAGAAGGCAAUUACAAUACAUUCUAAGACAUGACCAACCAAAUCUAUUUUAAGAAAUUUUCCAUUCACAAGUAAAAUUGAAGUGGAUAUUGUCUAAACAAGUUCAUUCGUGGACAAAUACGAAAAUACUUACGGUACUUACACGAAAAUUGGUUCUUGUUUUGAGUUGAACCUAUCAUAAGUGAAGGUUGAGAAUAGGACAGAUGAACAUGUUUUUCUUCCGAAAUCUAAACACUGAUAGAGAUUUUAGAAAAGCAUGUGCAAUCACUGCAGAAAACCAUGAGAUGCGAAUCUGGGUCAGCCAAUGAGGUAAGUACCGCAGUCAUGAAAGCGUUCUAGGCUUUCUUUUAAAAUUCCAUCGAUUGUCAAUCGUGGGAUUUGAAACGAUUGGUUCCCAACCACAAAUGAGAAUUGGGAUAGAGGUAGGCGACUAUAUGACAUCUUUUGCACUCGAAUAGUUCAAAGCUCACACAUGUUAGUAACUUGAUUUUCAUAUCUAAGUAAUCAAUCUUGCAAGUCAGACUAUUCAAGUACUCCAAAAUCGUCGUCAAAUUGAGUAAAAGCUUUUAACAUCGGAAAGAUUUAUUGCUAUUCGAAUUUUAUUCCCUAUUGAAUUAACAUAUAAACGUCAGUGCAUUUCAUGAUGCAUGAUGUCUCCCGUGUUCAAUCAAACUGCUGUUAUUCAAUCAUUCAUCGCUAUUUCUGCAAACUCAUUCUUCUAAACAGCCCGAAAACCUCUGGAAUGGAAGAGAGACUGAGUUCCACCAAACCAGAAACGCUGGCAAAAAUCCAUAAAUCACUGUAAUACGUACCAAAUGAUAGUAAUUGAAAGAAUAAAAAUCAGUACUCUACAAAAAAGUGAUAAAAUUUAAAUGCAUCAAAUAAAUACAGAAUUAAAUGUAAAUUUUGCAUUUCUAAACGAAUGAUUUCAAUCGAAUAGUCAUUUUUAUAACAUGCAAUCUGUCUUGAAUCAUGAAUAUAUUUUCAUACAUGAUUACGAAUAAAUCUUAGAUUUGAAUAUUGAUUUAAUAGUCUUAUUGAAAACGACUUCUGUUUUUUGUGCAGUCUUUCUCUUUAAUCUUACAGAAUUAGUAAGAUUUGUACGUACGGAUAACUUACCUAUUCUAUUAUCACAAAAAUAUGGUACAAGAGUAUUUCAGAUGAAUGUCUAGAUUCAAUAAACGAAGGUGGAUACUAUUUGAAAAAAACUUGAAUAGCAUCAUCUGACAAUAAUGAUAAUAACGAAUAAUAUUCGAGUAAACUUUUUGAAGUAGAACUUCAGCUAGAAGACCAAACAUUAGUCAGACACCAAAAUAAAAAGACUACAAAAUGAUUGUUCAAAAAUCAUUCCCAUAAUUAUUAUGGAGGAAUAUUUUCAAUUAUUGUAACUUAGAGCCAAAAUACAGUACAUCAGAGAUGGUCAGUCUAGAGAAGUAGGCCUACCAGAUAAAUUUGUUAGACUAAUGCCUUCUUAGACCUUUGAUCAAGAUAAAAACUUUCUAGUAUCACUUCCAAUCUGAAAGUAACGAAAGUAACUACUAUAUUAUUGAAAUAUUAUGAAAUAGAACAUGAUAAGAGAUUGAUUUUAUCACUCAAAAAUAUUUUUGUAUCAUUGAAUUAUUCAAGUAUUGUUUCCUAGCUGUAUACGAAUAGGUUUAUGAUUUGAUUUUGUUUAUUCCCUGUAUGAUUAUUCUUAUUUAGGUAAAUCUCAUAGCAUUCAAAUCAGUAUUAUUUUCUAAUAAUAUAGUUAUUAUUUUUUAUUAGGUUAUAAAUUUGUUAAUUUCCAAUGCAAAAUCAUGAAGGGUUCAUUGUUUUAAUUCAUAAUGUUCAAUUAGUGAUUACAUUGAAAUGGCUACAACACUUAAUACUAAUGAAGCUGAGGUCAUGAUUUUGAGCUUGAAAGCAGUCUAAAAUAAACAAAUUAAGAAUACAAUAAAAUGAGAUUCAUAUAUGCUCUCAAGAUAGUUUCCUUGUAAUUAUUAUUAGAAAUAGAAUUGUAUUAGUAAGAAAUAAUUUACAACAAAUAUCAAAUAGUAACUUACUAAACAAUGUUAAAAGUGAAUAAAUAAGUGCAGUAUUAUUCUGUAAGUUUAACUAUUUGUAACUUUAUAGUUUUUUCAUUAUUUAUUAUGUCUUGGAUAGGAACAUUAAUUAGAAUUCAAGUAAGAAUAGAGUUUUUAAGUUCUUGACAAUGUUAAGGUUAUUGAGAAAUAUGCUGUGAUAUCGAAAAAAAUGAGGUAACAAUAAUUAUUAAGAUUAAUAUGAGGAAGAGUGUUUGAUCUUUGAGAGAUGAUGAAUGUUUGAUAUUUAGUUUUUUAAGUGUGUUUUUUACUCAAUCUUUUUAAACUAAGUUGAUACUAGUGACUUUUUUAUUCAAUUCAACAAACUGUAAAUCGAGUUGUUAGUUUAUCAAUUAAUAUUUGUGGCUCUGUUAAUAAAUAAUAAAAUCAUUCACAUGAUAUCCUCCUCAUAGCUUUCAGCUUACCAGAAGGCUACUAAAUAGUUUCAACUGUGGAAGCUUUUUCGUGAGAAUGAAAUAAUAUUUCUCAUUGAUAGGCCGAUACUUAGUUACUUACCGGUACUUCAAUAAUGUUCAUGUUAUGAUUAUUAUUGUAAUAAAAGAUUCUAAUUACACUUUGUAUUGAAUAAAUAGCUAUACA